AUGGCGGCGGAAGUCCCCAACUCACUAAAUUGGGUGUCCUUCGUGACGGGCAUUCUCUCCUUCGCCCUCACAACUCUCAACUUGAUAGCUCUUUAUGCCAAUUUCGUCGCAACAAUAAGAUCGGCUCCCAACGAGAUACGAGAUUCAUUAGGAAACCUCAGACAACAGCUCUGUGAAGAACGACAAGCCCUACGACACCAGUCGAGAGAAAUUCGCACAAAGACGAAGUUGCGCCAACGCAUCUUCAACCUCAGCGACAGGCACGCCAGCCACGAAGCCCGCUCGGCAUUCUCCUACGCGGAACAGACGCUGCCGCUGCACUACCUCACCCUCCGCGAUCUCUGGCGCACCUUUAAAGAGCUCGAGCGGCCGUUCCUCAUCGCGAGCGGGUACCGCGCCGAGGCCAUCCAUAAUGGCGCGUCGUGGGGCGAGGCGGAUCUCGACGAGAAGGUCCGGGCCGAUUUCGAGAAGCACGGGGAGCAAGGGAGUUUCGCGGACUGGAGUGCGAUUUAUAAGUGUGACUUUGCGCACCGGUUUAUUUGGUGGCAGAUCAAGGAUGAUGUGAAGAAGCUUAGGGACGAGGUUAUGCGGAUCAUGGCGAGGCGGACAGAAAGGGAAGUUACUUAUACGCGCAUGAUGGUGAAGCAGAUCUUUCAGGGCGAUGGGCCGGCGCAAAUCGUCGAUGUACGUCCUCCGAGACGGCCUCCUGGUGGAGGGGGAGGUGGCGGUGGAGGAGCCAGGAGGCGUACGAGCUGGGGAACUGGGCCUGUGAGGCGGAGUCCGAUCCCGAGGAGACGAAGUCCUGCUCCUGUCAGGAGAACUCCUGUGCCCGUCCCUAAGCUCGAGUUCUUCCUCCUCUACAAGCACAAGCAGCAACAGGGGCAAUGA